GGGCGUGUGUGCGGGUCGGCAUGGCGUCCCCGUCGCGGAGGCUGCAGACCAAGCCGGUCAUCACCUGCCUCAAGAGCGUCCUGCUCAUCUACAGCUUCGUCUUCUGGCUUUCGGGCAUUAUCCUCCUUGCUGUCGGCAUCUGGGGAAAGAUGAGCUUGGAAGUGUAUUUUGCCCUGUUAAAUGAGAAGGCCAUCGACAUUCCCUAUGUCCUGAUUGGCACAGGCACCGUUGUCAUCCUCCUAGGCACCUUUGGUUGCUUUGCCACAUGCCGGGGAAGCACAUGGAUGCUAAAAUUGUAUGCCAUGUUUUUAACACUCAUUUUCCUUAUUGUUCUGGUGGCUGCUGUUGUGGGAUUUGUCUUCAGGCAUGAGAUUAAGAACAGCUUUAAGCAGAACUUCGAAGUUGCAGUGGAGAAGUACAACGGGACCAGAGACGAGCGCAGCAAGGCGGUCGAUAACAUCCAGUCCGCAUUGCAAUGCUGCGGUGUCACCAACUUUACAGACUGGGCGACGAGCAGCUAUUUCAAGCUGAAUGGGAUUCCCAGCAGCUGCUGCAAGUCCCAGGACGACUGUGAGAAAACAGAUCUGGAGGAUAUAACAAAAGCCAAGGAGAAGGUGCAUGAGAAGGGUUGUUACAGUUUGGUGAUCCACACGAUGGACUCUGAAAUUAGCAUUGUAGCUGGCAUCUCCUUUGGCAUCGCCUGCUUCCAGCUGGUUGGGAUCUUCCUUGCCUGUUGCCUCGCCCGGUCCAUCACAAAUAAUCAGUAUGAGAUGGUAUAACUUGAGAGCCUGCUGGUUUGCAACUGACGAAAAGAAUUUUUGGACACUUGCUUUAUAUAUUAAAAAGUAUUUUGGGAACCACUUCUGUAGCGGAUCCAAGCUGCUGGAAUCGUGUUUGAUUAGAUUGCUCUCCUCUGGACAUGUUUUUCUUCAGAAAGGGCUGAACUCAAGAGCAGAUGAAUUCUACUGUGGGAUGUUGCUGCGGUGCCCGUUCCAAAGGGAUGCUGAACAGGAUGGUUAAUGUAGGGCACUUAGCUUGGCUCCCCCGAGCCCGAGGUAGCCGCUUGUUGUCUGGCCCCCACUGUGCUGGGAAUUGUGGAAUCCCUCUCCAGCUAGCAAAUGGUUGCAUGCACAAGCUUUACAAAAUAAAAAGGGAAAAAGGGAGAGUGUUUAGUCGGGCUGUUGCUUGGUCACUUAACUCACAAUUUAUUUAAAUCUGCAUAGGAUUAAAACCUUGAGCAGCCUCCUGACCUAAGAAAGGUAACAUAGAGUGGAGUGAACACUCGCUGUGUGUUAGAUGCACUUUCCUAGAGCGUGUUCCAUUCUGUGUCACAAAAGCGUCACCGAACCAAGUGGCCUUAACAUUCAACAAGUGUGCCCUUAACCUGCACUGCCACCCGUGACAACCCCCUGAUUCUGAGGCUGAACUACCACAAGGUUUCCUUGCUGAGAGGUCAGAGGCUUUGGCUGCUUCAAAGCAUGUGGCCUGCUUUUUGAAUGCGGCUGGGCACCCGGGGCACCUGGAAGCCCUGCUCCAGUGGCUGUGCUGGCCGCCCGUCACCUUCUGAGCUUGGAGCAAGAGACAGGUGAGCACCCAUAAUGGGCUGGCCCCUGCUUGCACCAGGCACCAGCACCUUCUCCCAUGCCUUGCUGUGACCUUUGAGAUCAGACAGAAACGGUGGCGCUGGCGAGCACAAGGAGGUCCUCUUUCGGGCUGCUGCUCGGUGGUGGAAGCCUCUUCCUCUGCGUCUGUGUGUCUUCUCCUUCCUUCCAACCCCACCACUCUUUCCAUGGCUGGGGCAGGGCGGAAGUACUGCUGCCCAAGGGGAAAAGUGGGACCCAAAGCCAGCCAGUGACGGAUAUGUUAAUUCAAAUGCGUGUUCUGAGUUGCAGCUGUAACCCAGCAUCCCAGCCGUGAGCUUUGGAGGCCAAUGCAAACAGUGGCAGCCGAUGCAACACACGGGUUGCAUGGGCACAGCCAUUCCAGUGCCAUGAAUGUGAAAGGCCGCUGCCUUAAAGCUCCCCUGCUGGAGAGCAAGUCCCUUUGAACUCCGUGAGACUCAGUUCUGGCUAAAUGCCUGGGAUUGCGUUCUCGGUGUGCUUUUAAGCCCCAUCCAGAUGCCUUCUCCAGGAGUCAAAGCAAGGAUGGAUCGAGGAAUCCCUCUUGGGGAAGGGGGAUGGAUCCUUUCCUUGGUGCUGUCUGUGCGUUACCAGAGAGGGCUUUUCCAAGCUGCCCCACGAACCGCUUCCUUCUAAACAGCGCAUGUUGGUCCAUCUAAUAGCUAUCCUACUUCGUGUGAUUCUUCUGUAGCAUCUCAGAAUCACCAGCAUUUUUUGGCUAGCAACCUCUCGGCUCUUUGGACAGACAAUCUGCUUUGAAAAGAUGGGCAGCUCACCUUCACCUGCUGCUGUAUGAAAUAGGGAGAGGAGGAAACUGAGGCCGCCCUUUUUGUCCCGGUAGAAGCAAGCAGAAGCUUCUCGGCUUGGGCUUCUGUACUUGGCAGAGUGAGAGUGUUGCUUUUUUCUUGUUUCGUUCCCUGACAGCAGCUUUAUAUUAUUUUUUGAAAUGCCAUAUUUUGAUACAGCACAUCCAGUCAGUCUGCAGUGAUCCUGUAGGUGUGUAUUGUGACGAUCUUUAGCUGUAGCAGGCGUCGUCCAGUAGGUUGGAACUGACUUCGAUAAAUCAGUAUUACAUGAUGCUCUGAACACUUUUUUUUGAUCUUGUCUUGAAAAUAAAACAGUUACCUACUUUCUACUCUUCAUUUCA